CUCUCUCAUUGAAAGCUUUUUGAAAACCCAAUUAUUUACUUCACGAGCAAUCACUUGCAGCUCUAAGAAAAUUCAAAAAAAGGGCAUCCACAAGCACAAAUUUGUAAGGGAAAAGGAAGCUGUUGAAUCAGUGGCGAAACACAACAAGAACAUUCAAACAAAAUCUCAAGUUGUGGCCGACAUCCAAACCCUUGUUUUCCCCUUUAGAGUACUCUUUACAUCGAUUCAAGCAAUACCCAUUUGAGAUUUCUUGUGAUUUCAUGCAAAGUUUGGAUCUUUAAGCCAUUCUAUUCUACUUUGUAAUGCUUGCUGUGAGAAUUUGCAACAAAGAUGAAGAACAAGGAGAAGUGGAUAGCUUUUCGAUUGCGGCGGAGGGCUUUCCUGACUUUGAUGAUGAUACCCAUUUGCUUGAUAGCAUCAAUUUUGAUGAUCUUUUUGUGGGAAUCAACGAUGGAGAUGUGUUGCCUGAUUUGGAGAUGGAUCAUGAACUCCUCGCUCAAUUCUCCGUCAACAAUUCGGUGUCUUUUGAACAAUUCGACGACAAUUCAAAGAGUGUUAACAAAGAUGAGGGCGAGGAGGAGGGGAAAGCUCAUGGGGAUCAAGAAAUUGUGAGCAAAAUAGAGGAAUUGGCAGCCAAAUCAAAAAAUGGUGAUAAAAUCAAUAAAUCUUCUCCUCAAUCCAAGAACUCACAAGGAAAGAGAAAAGUUAAGGUGGAUUGGACGCCGGAGCUGCACCGUCGGUUCGUGCAAGCGGUGGAGCAGUUGGGAGUGGAUAAGGCAGUGCCUUCUAGAAUAUUGGAGCUUAUGGGAAUUGAGGGUCUCACUCGUCAUAACAUUGCUAGCCAUCUUCAAAAAUACAGGUCGCAUCGAAAACAUUUGUUGGCACGUGAAGCGGAGGCGGCGAGUUGGAGUCAAAGGCGGCAGAUGUACGACCGCGCCGCCGCAGUAAAUGGUGGUGGAAAAAGAGAACUCAGCUCGUGGGGUGCACCGACGACUAUGGGAUUUCCGCCCAUGCAUCCCCAUUUUAGACCUUUGAAUGUGUGGCCAAAGUACCUACAACAUUCACCAUCUCCACCACCUCCGCCGGCGUUGUCGUGGCCAUACGCCGCCGCUCCUCCCCCGACCCAUGACCCUUCCUACUGGCACCACCACCAACGGGUUCCAAACGCUUUAACCCCAGGAACGCCAUGCUUCCCACAUUCUUUACCGACGAACACGAGAUUUGGUGGGGCAAUGUUCUCGGUAAUCCCACUGCCCCAUCCACCGUACAAACUAGACCUCAUCACCGUUGGCUGUUCACCCUCGCAUCCUCCCCUCGACUCGUAUCCAUCAAAAGAGAGUAUAGACUCAGCUAUUGGAGAUGCUUUAGCGAAGCCAUGGCUGCCACUUCCUCUUGGCCUAAAGCCUCCCUCUUUGGACAGUGUCAAGGUCGAGCUUCAACGACAAGGCAUCCCUAGAAUACCACCCUCCUGCGCGUGAUGGGUUCAUCAUUUCUUCCGACCAGCCCGACAGCUCUUGGAUGAACUUGACAACAUUAGUUAUGUGCUGCAUUACAUCAUCAUCUAAACUUGGUUCUUUUCUUGCUUUUGUAAGAGGGUUAUCCAUGGCAUAUAAUUGAUAAGCAACUGAGAAAACGUACAAAUAUCUCGACUUUGUAUAUCUAAUAACUAUUAGAAAGCAGGAAGGUUUUUAAAUCUA